CGGGCCGGGUGUUUAUAACCCGGGAUGCGCCACGCAGCCGGCCCUGCUCCGCCGCCCGCCACCGCCGCCCGGGCCACGAGUGGUUCGCCGAGCCGUGAAGUCGGGUUCCAGAAGCCGGGAAGCCGCACGUCCCAUCCAAGACGAGAUGUCCAGCAAAGGCUCCGUGGUUCUGGCCUACAGUGGCGGCCUGGACACCUCCUGCAUUCUCGUGUGGCUGAAGGAACAAGGCUAUGACGUCAUCGCCUACCUGGCCAACAUCGGCCAGAAGGAAGACUUUGAAGAAGCCAGGAAGAAGGCGCUAAAGCUCGGGGCCAAAAAGGUGUUCAUCGAGGACGUCAGCAAGGAGUUUGUGGAGGAGUUCAUCUGGCCCGCCAUCCAGUCGAGCGCGCUGUACGAGGACCGCUACCUCCUGGGCACCUCUCUCGCCAGGCCCUGCAUUGCCCGGAAACAAGUGGAGAUCGCCCAGCGGGAGGGAGCCAAGUAUGUGUCUCACGGCGCCACAGGAAAGGGAAAUGACCAGGUCCGGUUUGAGCUCACCUGCUACUCACUGGCCCCUCAGAUUAAGGUCAUCGCUCCCUGGCGGAUGCCUGAGUUCUACAACCGGUUCCAGGGCCGCAAUGACCUGAUGGAGUAUGCGAAGCAACACGGAAUCCCCAUCCCGGUCACCCCCAAGAACCCGUGGAGCAUGGACGAGAACCUUAUGCACAUCAGCUACGAGGCUGGAAUCCUGGAGAACCCCAAGAACCAAGCGCCUCCAGGCCUCUACACAAAGACCCAGGACCCCGCCAAAGCCCCCAACAGCCCUGACAUCCUUGAGAUCGAGUUCAAGAAAGGGGUCCCCGUGAAGGUGACCAACGUCAAAGACGGCACCACCCACCGCACGUCCCUGGAGCUCUUCACGUACCUGAAUGAAGUCGCGGGCAAGCAUGGCGUGGGCCGCAUCGACAUCGUGGAGAACCGCUUCAUCGGGAUGAAGUCCCGAGGUAUCUACGAGACCCCAGCAGGGACGGUCCUUUACCACGCUCAUUUAGACAUCGAGGCCUUCACCAUGGAUCGGGAAGUGCGCAAAAUCAAACAGGGCCUGGGCCUGAAAUUCGCCGAGCUGGUAUAUACGGGUUUCUGGCACAGCCCUGAGUGUGAAUUCGUCCGCCACUGCAUCGCCAAGUCCCAGGAGCGCGUGGAAGGGAGAGUGCAGGUGUCUAUCUUCAAGGGCCAAGUGUACAUCCUCAGCCGGGAGUCCCCACUGUCCCUCUACAACGAGGAGCUGGUGAGCAUGAACGUGCAGGGCGAUUAUGAGCCCAUCGAUGCCACCGGCUUCAUCAAUAUCAACUCCCUCAGCUGCGACUCCAGAAACAGGCCCAGAGCGGUUAAGUAACGUGCCCACAGUCACACAGCUAGGAAGCCAUAUUGCUGAGUCCAGAAGGCUGAAGGAAUAUCAUCGCCUCCAGAGCAAGGUCACUGCCAAAUAGACCGGUUGACAAUGAGGAGCUGGGCCGCCUCCUUUGCCCAUCUCCCAAGUACAGGCGCUAAUUGUUGUGAUAAUUUGUAAUUGUGACUUGUUCUCCCGGGCUGGCAGCCUGGUGGGGGUGCCAGCCCCCAGCUUUGUUCCCCGCUCCCCUGCAGCCUGCAGAAGUGGGCAUGGAAGGGAAGGGGGGGGGGGGUGGCUGCAGUGGGGAGAUGUAAAAUGACAAUUAAAAAGAGAUACAUUA